UAGCGCAGGCGCACUGGCACUGACCGUCGUCCUUUGGAGUAUCCAAUGACUGGAUCUUGUGUAUCCAUGCCUUUUUCUGGUGGCCGCGAGACCCCAAGCCCGAGACUGAGACUCGGGUGGUGCCGUCGAGACUAGUGCCACACCUCCCAUCAGUCCGUACAGUUCAUCUGAUUCGUCUAAAACUUGGAACGUAGCUCAGUAUAGGUUAUAAAGCGAGUCACUAUCUUUUUGAGCACUAUUAUCUUCCUCCAGCAGUGACAAUGAUCAAUAGGAAAUAGGAAGACUGCAGAACAAUAUAAUGUCAAAUUGAAACAUACCAUGAAACUGUCACCAGAUAUGGGAGAAGAACUAAUGUCAUCAUCAUUGACUAAUGGUGCCAAUCCUCCAGCAGAAGUCUCACUGAAAAGUGGGAAAACUUCUGACAGUUCAACUGAAGAAAAUUCGAGGGCCCCUAUGUCUAAUGGCCAGAAUGGCACUAGUAACAGUGUUAAUCUGUCUAACGGCAAUGUAUCACCUGACCAUCCCACCAACCAUAACUCAGACCAAGACAUGAUUGGAUUUGAAGUGGAGUCUUAUAGUGAAAUAAACUCCCCUUUUUCUUUGGAGGCACAUUCUGAAAUUGAUUUGGAUAAAGAAGGAAGCAUAUCUGAACUUAAAAUUACCAAGUGUGUAUCCGAAGACCAAGACUCGUCCCAUUUAUCAGAUGAAUUUAAUUUAAGAUUGUCAGAUGACGAAGAUGGAAGUGACAUUGCAACACACAGAGUUCGUCGAACUUCAGAAAAUGAAACAGUAACAAGUACCACAGAAGAUUCCUGUGACCUCGUCACUCAUGAAGACAGCAGUAAAAGCUCAUCAGGUUCUGGGACUUCUGAGGAGAAUAGUUUGCCAAUCAAUGGUGGUACAAGACCUGCUGAUGCUCCCUCCAACCUCCAGCUUGCGAUUCAAAAAGAUGACAACUGUCCGAAAGACACAAGUGAUGGAAACUCUGAUGUCAAUAAUAAAAAUGAAACUCAUAUUACAACUUUGUGCAAGAACUCACACCAUGACAUGGCUUUUGGGUCAGCAGCUAUUGAUGAAGGAAAAGUAAAAUGUUCUACAAGUAUUGAAUCAUCAAGCUCUGUUAAAAGACAGAAUGGAUCAAGAGAAGAAUCAUCUCUGUUGCCAAGACCUGCUGUUGUUGAAGAGGGACCAGAAUUCUCUGAAAAACUUGAAUCAUCAACAUGUUUGUCUAUUGAAGGACAAAAUAAGUCAAAUGUAGCUCCCUUGCUAGAAUUAGCUGUUCAGGGAGAACCAACAGAAUGCUCUGAAAAAAUUGAAUCAUCUCGAUGUUUGUCUAUCGAAAAACAAAAUGAGACAAGAGUAGCUGAAUCAUCUCUCUUACCCGGACCAGCUGUUCUUAAUGAAGAGGAACCAAAAUGCUCUGAAAAAAAUGAACCUUCAGGCUCUUUGGCAGUUGAAACAGAAAAUGAAUCAAGGGUAGCUGAAUCAGCUCUCUUACCAGAAUUAGCUGUUGAGGGAAAAAAAGCAGAAUGCUCUGAGAAAAGUGAAUUUUUACCAUGUUUGUCUAUUAACAAACAAAGUGAGUCAAGGGUUAGUGAAUCAUUUCUCUUGCCAAGACCAGAUGUUGUUGCUGAAGAGGAACCAGAAUGCUCUGAAAAAAAUGAAUUGUCAGUCUCUUCAAAUCUUGAAGGUGAAAAUGAAUUGAGGGUAGCUGAACCAUCUCUCUUGCCAGAAUUAGUUGCUGAGGGGGAAAAAACAGAAUGCUCUGAAAAAGUUGAACCAUCAAGCUCUUUGACUGUUGAUAGACAAAUUGAAACAAGCGUAGCUGAAUCAUCUCUCUUGCCAGAAUUAGCUGCUGAGGGGGAAAAAUUAGAAUGCUCUGAAAAAGUUGAAUUAUCAAAUUCUUUGAUUGUUGACCAGCAAAACAAAUCAAGGAUAGCUGAACCAUCUCUUGUACAAGAAGUAACUGUUGAUGAAAAAAACCCUGAUUGCUCCGAUAAAAAUAAAUCAUCAAGCGUUUUGACUGUCCAAGAAAAAAUUGAAACAAGCAUAGCUGAAUCACCUCUCUUGCCAGAAGUAGCUGUUGGUGAAAAAAACUUAGUAUGCUCUGAGGAAAAUGAAUUAUCAAGCUCUUUGACUGUUGAAAGACAAAAGGAAUCAAUAGUAGUAGCUGAAUCAUCUCUCUUGCCAGAACAUAAGUUAGAGAAAACAUUUGAUUCAAACAAAACAACAGAGCAAGGAAACGUGUCUAUGAACCCAGAUGCUGCAGUGACAAAUAACACAGAUGAUGAUGAAAUGGAAGCUGAACUAGAGGCUGAACUUCAAGCGGAAAUUGCUGCACAAAGAGAAAGUGUUAAAAACCAUCUAGAGAAACCCAUUCAUUCUCAAGAAGAUCAAAAUGUAGACCCACCUGAUGGCUCUGUGGUUCAACACACUUCUCCUAAAACUUCUGGGGAAUGUUCAAAGAAAGAAGAUAGUGACAAAAAGGUCAGCCUGCAAUGUUCAGAAAUGGCUAAAGUUCAAAAUGUCCUGAACAUAAAACAUGAAGAAGAGAAACAAGAUAGCAUAGAGAAAAGUCCACUUAAAAUCAAAGUUGAAACUAAAUAUGAAGAUGCAAAUGAAAUGCCAAAUAUAAAGGAUGAGCUAGGUUCAGGUUUUAAAACUGAACAUAACUGUGAUGUGGCAGUCAAAAUGGAGUUGAAAUCUGAUGUAGAAGUAAAAGUCAAAAUAGAACCCGGAUUAGAAGCUGAGGCGUUAUUGAAAGAUGAUUUAGAACUCAACUCUGUUGUUGAUAUUGAUUCAUUUGUAAAAUUGGAAACUGAAGUGAAGAUAGAGCCCAAACUUUCAAAAGAGGAAGAAUCUAGCAACAAUUCCAGCACAGUCACUAAACCUUCAAUAGUUCACAAUUUUUCUGAUAAAAAAUGUAUUGAUGAAGGUAUAAAAUUUACAAGCAAUGUGAGCCCUUCUAAUGAGUCAGCACUGUUUCCUCCUGAAGAUUGCAAUACCCAGACACCAAAAGCAAGUGAUAGCAGCAGUGCACCUCCAGUGUGUACAAAUGGCCCGGUGGAUUCUGAAAACAAAAAUGAAUGUAAGGAUGGAUCAAAUGUCAAUACUACUAGCAAAAUUACACAUUCAACUACUUCUUCACAUACUUCCAAUGAAAAUAUUUGUGAUGAAAAUGAUCCUAUAAAGGAUGGUGAAACAGACAAACCCAUCUUGUCUUCCAAGGAUGAAGUGAAACAAGCUGAAAUGCCAGACUUAGACGAUUCAGAAAGUAGACUUCUUUCACCAGAUCCUGAGUUGUCAUCUCGAGAAAAUACUCAUAGUGAUGAAGAAGAAACGGAUGAUAUAGAAGAUAUUCUUCUAUCUGGUUCUAAUGAAAGGAACUCUUUAAGUGAUGAUAAUGAACUGAAAACAACUGGUAAGUCAGCCACAGAGCAGGAGCUACUUUCAUUGAACGCUAAUCUAGAUAAUGAAGACAAUGAGACAAGAUCAACACAUCAUGACCCUUCAGAAACAAAUUCGCUUGCCUCAGACAACGAUUUUGAAUGUCAAGACACAGAACUGCCUGAAGAUAGUGAUAAUUCUACCAGUGGUGAUAAUAGUGACAACUGUGACAUAAAUGAAAAUGAUGAUUUUGAUGCAGUCUGUGAGAGUGAGACUAAUGACGGAGCGUUCCAAGAAGUGGAAAAGACUGAUGAUAAUCAAGGGCUGAAAAGAAUAAGCUCAGAAUUUGAUACUAACUCUAUCAAAGUCCAUAAUUAUUGUGAUUCCACUGUACUUGAUGCAUCAUCAACUGAUGAUAUGGACAGCCAAGAUUGUGCUAGCAUUAUCAGUGAAAGUAAUAAUUCUAAAGGCUACAAUACCGACCUGUCCUCUAGAAAAAGGACAUUAAGUCACUCUGAAGAUGAUUCAUGUGACUCAUUUAGAAGCAAGAAACCAAAUGGAUUUCCUGAAAUGCGGAGAAAUAGCAACACAUCAAAUGCAGCCAUUGUUACCCAAACUGACAGCGGUCACAAGAGACCUGCAGAAGUAAUGGAAGAUUUAGACCGCAAAAAGUUAAGAGUGUGUGAGGAAUCUCGUUCAGGAUCUCCUUCAGGCGAUUCUGCUGAAACCGACCAGGAUGAUACAGAUAAACAAAAUAUGGAAGAAGAAAGGUUGUUGAACUCACCUAAGACAAUACCUGAACGAAUAAGAACUCCUGAUUGUUUUCGGGACCUUGACUCUCCAAUUGGAAGUGCUGAUGAUAAGACUGAAACAGCCUCUGUUUCAACAGACUUACCAUUUCUUCGCAAGCUACACAAGAAAGAAUUGUCAAAAAUGAGUCGCAGUGAUUUGGAAGAACUUGUCGUCCAAAAGAUAUGUGAAGCAAUUACUGAACGAAGUAUUGUUGGUGACCUUCGCAUCCGUUGCCAAGAACUAGAAAAACGUCAAGAAAAAGAGCAUGAGAAAUUCAGUAAAUUACGUAAACAGAUGACUGAACUUGGAUUAGUUGUGAAAAAGUAUAUGGAACAGCAGAGUAAAAAUCCGGCUGCCAAAAUAAUUAAGAUAACGCGAUCUGUUGGUCUCCAAGUAUGCCAAAGCAUCAAGCAUGUGCAGCCUUGUCCAACAGCAGUGCGCACACGGUUGGCUCCAUCACCAAAUUCUAAAGUGUCACCACCCUUGAGCAAACCAGCUCCUGCCAAUCCAUUAAGACCUGACUUGUCUGGUCCUGAAAUAUCAUGUCAAGUUAGGACUCCUGUUAAAUCAUAUAGAAAUUCUUCUACUAGCCCCCGUUCAAAUAUUGUGUCCUCAACUGAUCCUCCAUCAUUGGUUCCAACUGGAUCUCAAAGAGUGGAGAAAGUUGUUGUAUCAGUGCCAAGUAAACCACCAUUAACACCAUCGCCUCGACUUCCAGUCCCCACUCUUCAACAACUCUCAGGAGCACGCCCCAGGUUAAACAUUCCUACCUCAGCUUCAUCUGCACCUCCAUUAAUAGCUACAUCUCAGCCAAAGUUACAGUCUUCUCCAAUUAGGCAGAGCCAACCUCAGAGUACAAAUCGUCCAUCUGUUGCAACUAGUAGUGAUGUAGAGGUUAUUGAUAUAAUUGACAAUGACAAAACUAAAAAACCAGGUAUGCAAGCAGGCGUUCAAAUAUCUGUUACCCAGCAGGUGCAACAGCAAAAACAAGCUGCCAAUGCAGCUGCUCAAAAUUUAGCUACAAAUAGUGGAAUGACAGUUCGUCUUAUAUCACCCACGCAGGUUUCUCAGGCUGGUGUUCUCUCCUCUGGUUUCCCACAAUUAAUUAUGAGUAAUCCGUCAACAGGGGGUCCACAGAAAAUGAUUCUUACUUCAUCUCAGGGAAGUCCAAUAAGAGGAAACUUGAAGCUGGUUGUGAAGGGCCAGCAGGGAAAUGUCAUAAUUCCUUUUUCAUCUAGUUCUGGAGUUUCUGCCCAGCAAAUGCAACAAAUUUUCUCAAAUGCUAGCAUCAGUAACAAAACUAAUACUGUGGCAACUGGGCGGCAACAACAGCAGCAGCAGCAACAACAACAGCAGCAGCAGCAGCAGCAGCAACAGCAGCAACAACAACAGCAGCAGCAGCAGCAGCAACAACAGUCAUCACUACAUCCAGCACCUUUACCUGCGGGGCCACAUAUCCAAGCCAGCAACCCUUUGUGGAAACAAAUUCCUCCCAGACCCAAUUUGAAAAUCCAGCAUCAAAAUAAUGGAAUUGUUCUUUCAUGGAAUAUGGCUCUGGGACCUAUCUAUGCUGACAUAGACAGUUACCAGUUGUAUGCCUAUCAAGAAGGCAGCGCCCCUCCUAGUGCAGGCCUAUGGAAAAAAGUCGGUGAUGUGAAAGCUUUACCUUUGCCAAUGGCUUGUACCCUUACUCAGUUUGUUGAAGGACAUAGAUAUCAUUUUACUGUUCGAGCUGUGGACAAACACGGGCGAGUGGGGCCCUUUAGCCAACAAGGAAGUAUCCGAUUAGGAAAUUAAUGUUAAUAUGGGGGGUAAAUUCAAGACUGACAAGUGUUCAUCAACCUUUUAUAAUGAAAUAAUAUAGUUGGUUAGGUUGCCACAUCCAUGUAGGUGAUUUUUAAUAUUUUAAAUUAUGCUUUUUAUGUUAAUAUACUGGUGCAGUAUUUAUGAUGUGUAGAAUUUUGUACAAUAAGUGUAAAGGCUUGUGUAUCUUGUACAGACAUGUAUAAACUUUUGUAAAUAUUCUAAUUAAGAAAUAGAUUUGGUCAUGUGCA